UUUCUUUUUUCUUCUUCUCUUCUUUGUCAAUUAAAAAACUUCCUUUUUUAACUAACAAAGCCUUUAAAAUAUUAUAUUAGAAGGCUAAUUGAUUUAUCGUUUUUCAUAACGUAACUUUAUGUAUAUUCACGCCUACGAAAAGUGCUCAGCCGAUUAUAUUUGCGAUCAAAGUAAGUAAAAAUUCAACCUCCUCCUAUUUUAUCAAUCUAAUUUUUUUUUUGAUUUAUGACUAUUAGUUUGGAAAUCCUCUGAUAACUCUACAGAUCUCUUGUCAAACUAAACCUUUAAAGCAAACUCCAUCUAUCUUUACUCUUUUCUUCUCUCAAUAACUAAAAAAUGUCAAACACUGCUACUUCUGUCCCUGCUUCUCUUAAAUUGAAGACUGGUCAAAUCUUCCAUGGUACAUCCUUUGGUGCUCAAGUUAACACAUUCGGUGAAGCCGUCUUUACUACUUCCCUUGUUGGCUACCCUGAAUCCAUGACUGAUCCUUCUUACACUGGUCAAAUCUUGGUCUUCACUCAACCUUUGAUUGGUAACUAUGGUGUUCCUGGUCAAGUCAAAGAUGAAUUUGGCCUUUACAAGUAUUUCGAAUCCGACGCUAUUCAAGUUCAAGGUAUCAUUGUCAACGAUUACGCUACUGAAUACUCUCAUUGGACUGCUGUUGAAUCCUUGGCUGAAUGGUGUAUUCGUUACAAUGUUCCUGCUAUCAGCGGUGUUGACACUCGUGCUUUGACUCAACUCUUGCGUGAUCAAGGCUCUACUUUAGCUCAAAUCAGCAUUGGCAAAGAAUCCUUGAUUGAUAACAUCAGCGCUCUCAACUUCCCCAACCCUAACCAAGAAAAUUUAGUUGCCAAGGUUUCCACUAAGGUUCCUGUUACCUACAACCCUAAGGGUAAUCUCAAGAUUGCUGUGAUUGACUGUGGUGUCAAGCAAAAUAUUCUUCGUUGUCUUGCUAGCCGUGGUGCCAGUGUUACUAUCUUGCCCUACAACUAUGACUUCAAUGCUGUUGCUGAUCAAUUCGAUGGUAUCUUUGUCUCUAACGGUCCUGGUUCUCCUACUGUCUGUGUCGAAACUAUUAAGAACUUGAAGAUUGCUAUUGAACACUUGAACAAGCCUAUCUUUGGUAUUUGUAUGGGUAACCUUUUGCUUGGUAUGGCUGCUGGUCUACAAGUAUACAAGUUGCCUUUCGGUAACCGUGGUCACAACCAACCUGCUCUCAAUGUCGAUACUGGUCUUUGUUAUAUUACUUCUCAAAACCAUGGUUACGCUUUGAACGAUAACGACAUGCCCAAGAACUGGAAGCGUUUGUUUGUUAAUGCCAAUGACGGUUCCAACGAAGGUAUUCAACAUGAAUCCAAGCCUAUUUUCUCUGUUCAAUUCCAUCCCGAAGCUAAGGGUGGACCUCAAGAUACUUACUACUUAUUUGAGGAAUUCUUGAAGCAUGUUUGCGCCCAAAAGAUCGACAACGAAGGCUUCCAUGCCUCUAUCAGCGAUGUCAAGCAAUCUACUGUCUCAGCCUUUGCUUAAAUCAACUAUUAAAUAUUUAUUCACAAUCACAACAUUUUUACAUUUGUUUGCAUCAUCACACUUUUUAUA